UUUUUUCAAAUUCGACGUAAUAUCAAAUUGAUUUAGCUGAUCUGGUUGUCGAUCGUGCUCUCGAAUUGCGAUACAUUGGUGGUAUUUAUGCUGGUAAUGUAAAACCGACACCGUUUUUGUGUCUUUCUCUUAAAAUGUUGCAAAUUCAACCUGAAAAGGACAUCAUCAUCGAAUUUAUUCAACAGGAGCAAAGCAAAUAUGCGCGAGCACUAGGUGCCAUGUACCUUCGGCUUACUUUCCCGUCUGUAGAGAUAUAUAAAUACUUGGAGCCCUUAUUCAACGAUUAUCGCAAACUUCGCUAUAUGAAUAAACAAGGAAGAUUUGAAUUGAUUUAUAUGGACGAAUUCAUUGACAAUCUUCUCAGAGAGGAGCGAUAUUGUGAUAUACAAUUACCACGGUUGCAGAAACGACAAGCACUUGAAGAAGUUGGCGAACUGGAGCCAUAUCGGAGUCUCCUAGAUGAAGAUCUUGAUGCUCUGAGUGCUUCAGAUAGCGAAGAUGAAAGGGAGAAAAAGGAGAAAAGGAAGGAGAAACCGCGGCUCAUCUCAAGAAGACGAAGUCGGAGCAGAGAUCGCUCGAGAGAACGCGAUAGAACACGAGAAAAGGGAAAGGAAAGAGAUCGAGAUGACAGGAAGCGAGAUCGGUCGAGAGAAAGGGACAGAGAUCGUGAGAGAGAAAGAGAUCGGGACCGCCACGACAAAGAUCGCGACCGACACAGAGAGAGAUCACGAGAACGUGAUAAGGACAGAGAUAGAGACAGACGUGGUGAGACUUUCUUCAUCACAGUAUCUCUCCUAUAUAUUCUAUCUUAUCCUCUUCUCUCCUUUUUUCGAACAUCGUCUAUAUUGUACAUGAUUGCGACUAUCUUGAGCAUAAUUCCGAAAAACCUUAUCUGGGUAUAA